UGCGGCACGAAGGCAGGAUACGAUCACAAGUAUCACGGUAGGUUGACGUAGUCGAUCAGUGUGAGCCGCUUUAAAACAACCACCCGGGAACUAAUAGUGGCGGACCGCUGCAAGCUGGUUUUAUCCAGCAAGUAGAAGUAGCUGAUUAUUGUACAAACACGAUCGAGAGAAUCGUCACGCGCGGUGAUUUUUUUUUUUUAAGCAAUAUCGAAAAUCCGCUUGCAACGUUAUACAAUUUCCGAUUAUUCCUUCUUAUUUGUUGCGUGUCAUGAAAAAGUGUAUCCCAAGAAUUGUGUAAAUCAACUUCAAUCCAGACGACAAUUUCACCGCCGCUCUUGGUCGCAAAUCAUUGUGAAACUUCAGCAACGUGGAACGCGUGGCAAUAAAAUGCACGACGAAUUCGCGAUAACGCGGAUGCGAUCCGCGAUAAUCGGAUCGCUGCUGCUGUUGGUAACGGCAUAUUGCAACGGGUUGCAAUAUCAACCUUUUGACUCUUAUGCAAACGGAGAGGAGUGCGCUUUGAUCCUGGAUGCUCGCAGUAGAACCAGCGUUUACGACUACACCUAUAAUUUACUUCGCGGGUCGUUCCCCACCACGGGAGGAGUUCAAACCUGUAUCACGUACGACGCCGUAAAUCAUGCUUACGUCGAGGCGAGGAAGCGCAUUAACGUCGCGAGACCAAAGUCGGAGGUAUGGCGACCGGAAGAUCUGGCGACAGUCGGCGAACUGCUUCUCGACAUUAGCACGAAUCUCGCGCAAACAUAUGGACUGACCUACGAGGAGAUAGAAAAAAGUCUGCCACUGAUCGACACCUCGAAGACAUUGAUCCGCGAGAUUUGUCCUGCUUUUUUGAGCAAUGUGGAAUGCAGGCCGGGCAAGUAUCGCCGAUAUGAUGGUCUUUGCACGAAUUUGCAGAAUCCCACAUGGGGAGCUACCUUGUCGCCUUUCGCGAGAUUGAUGAGUCCGCAAUUCGCGGAUGGCUUAUCAGCGCCAAGAAUAUCCAUAACGGGUAAUAAUCUACCAUUGUCUCGAGUUGUAUCGCGCACCAUGCAUCCAGACGAUGGUUAUCACGAUCAUGCUGGUACAGUUAUGGUUAUCGCGUGGGGACAGUUUAUGGAUCACGAUUACACUUUAACUGGCACGCCUCUAGAUCCCUUGAACCGAAACGACCCGGAAGAAUGCUGCGGCCGGCCACCGCACCUGAAGAAUCCUUAUUGCAAUGAGAUCCUCAUACCAGAAGAUGACUAUUUCUACAGACUGUUCAACGUGCAAUGCAUGAACUUUGUUCGUGCUUUUCCUGCCGUUCGACCUGGUUGCCGUCUCGGUUCCCGAGUGCCUUUCAAUCUUCUUACAGGUGUGCUGGAUGGUAAUACUGUUUAUGGCAUCACGGAAGCUUUCGCUAGAAAACUCCGAACAGGCUAUGGUGGAUUAUUGCGAAUGAAUCCAGUUUUUUCAGAAUAUGGCCUUAAGGAUCUAUUGCCACUGAAGUUAGAUAUACCGGAUGAAGGAUGCACUCGACCAAACCGAUCGAUGUAUUGUUUCGAAGCUGGUGAGAUUCGUGUGAAUGAGCAAUUGGUACUCACCUGCAUGCACACUUUAAUGGCACGGGAACAUAACCGGCUCGCCAAAGCGUUGGCCAUUGUGAAUCCGCAUUGGGACGAUGAAAUUCUCUUCCAGGAAGCCAGACGCAUCGUCAUCGCGGAAAUUCAACAUGUCACUUAUAACGAGUUCCUCCCGAUAUUACUCGGCAAAGAUGUCAUGGAGAAAUUUGGACUUCUCCUCGAGAAAGAGAAUUACUGGGACGGAUACGAUCCGAAUAUAAAUCCAGGUGUAAUAGACGCUUUUGCUGCUGCUGCUUUUAGAUUCGGUCACUCGCUAUUGCCCACGGCUGUAGAACGAUGGAGUAAAGCUCACAAAUUUAUUGCCUCAAAAAGGUUGUCAGAUUUGAUAAGACGACCUUACGACUUGUAUCGCGCUGGUGUGCUCGACGAAUAUUUCAUGGGAUUGAUGAAUCAAGUUGCUCAGGCUAUGGAUGAUUCCAUAACGCAAGAAGUAACGAAUCAUUUGUUCAAAAAAGCAGGGGCAAAAUUCGGAUUGGAUCUGGUGUCUUUUAACAUGCAACGUGGUCGUGAGUUUGGUAUUCCAAGUUAUAUGGAGUUCAGAAAAUACUGCGGCCUUCCUGAAGCGAACACUUUCGAGGAAUUAUUCGGUUCCAUGCCGAAUGAAACCGUCAGACGUUACAGCACUAUCUUCGAACAUCCCGCAGACGUCGAUUUAUGGUCAGGCGGCGUAUCCGAAAGACCACUUCCGGGUAGUAUGCUCGGGCCAACCUUCGCCUGCCUGAUUGCCACGCAGUUUGGUCAUUCGCGUCGUGGUGACAGAUUUUGGUACGAGUUGCCGAACCAGCCAUCGUCCUUCACUCUCGAGCAACUGAACGAGAUUCGAAAGACAAAGCUCGCCAGAUUGAUUUGCGAUAAUACAGAUCUUAUCGAUACGAUACAAAUCUAUCCGAUGGUCCUUCCCGAUCAUGAAAUAAAUCCUCGAGUCCCGUGUCGAAGUGGUAUUCUACCCAGCAUCGACUUAUCGAAAUGGGCUGAUUUCCCGGCGACGAGUCACGCCGCACAAUACAAAUAAACAGAGUGCCUUUAAGCGAACACCACCAUGUAAUCAACUGAGUCACGAGCCAAGAAGCCCAACCCUUAGGCACUCUAACCCGAGACCAUCCCGUAGGCAUGCACGUGUUGAAGUAGAGCAAACAAUUAAAUAUAUUAAGAAUUCACUUUUAAAUCAAAAGAAUCAAUUAAAUCAUCUAGAGUAAUGAAGAAGCAGAGUUGGCCAGUGUCGAUCAUAUUUGAUCCACCGUUUGAUAAUUUUGAUUCAUAAAUGAUUAUUGAUUCAUAAAUAAUUUAUGAUACUUGAUAAUAACUCAUAAAUGCCGAUGCAAUUGUGUCAUUAAGAUAGCAAGCUUCGAUUUAAAUUGUAUGAUACAGAUUGAUUAAGUAAAAAUAACGCGUUACAUCGUUGUCGAUCCUGGACAAAUGAAAAGGAAUCACUUUAGAUUUUUCACAGUAAUCCCUUUAAAACAAAAUGUACAUAUUCUUUUCCUGAUAGAAACUCAUUAUAUUUCAUCUACACUGCCGUACAAGAACAACAAAAAUAUCGUAAUACAUACUCGUAUAUUCAGAAAUUUACUUCAGUUCUCAAAUCAAAUGCUAUUUAUAUGUUAUUUUAUUUCUUUUUUUACAUA